AAAAGGGAGGGGAGGAAAAAAGAGAGAGAGAGGUGUCGCUUUUCAUCAAGCACCGUCUGCACAAUAAAGAAGGCACAGAAAGUGUGCUGAAUUCUGCUCAGAAAGAAAGAAGGAAAGAAAGAAAGAAAGGAAGAAAAAGAAAGGAUAGGUCUAUUCAGAGCCCUUCGGAACUGACAAAGACUUGAGGCACUUGAAGCAAACAAAGGAGGAGAUCGUACAGUUUCAGGGCAGGACGUGGUAGAAGGAGGGAAGAAAAGAAAAAGAGGAGGAGAGAAGAAAGUUUUCCGAGUUGAAGAGCAGAUAGUAGCCGGUCUCUCUGGGCUGGACUGGAUGAAAGCAGGCGCCUGGACGCUCGGUUAGAUGUGAUCACCUUCACCAUGCGGAGUGACCCUAUUCUGUUCGCCUCCAGGGCAAUGGAGGAGCUGGUGGCGGAGCUGCGGGUCUUCUUGGAGCUGUUGGACCGAGAGUAUUUGAGCGCAGCAGUGAGAGAGAAGAAACUGCAGAUCUCCAACAUUCUACACAGAGUCCUGUCUGCUAAAGAAUCAUCCUAUAAGGCCGAGGUCCACAGCUCACUUCCUGCCCCGCCUCAGAUGCCCCUCCCAGAGAUCCCACAUCCAUGGCUGCCUCCUGAUAACGGACCACCUCCUCUGCCCAGUUCCUCUCUUCCUGAGGGCUACUACGAGGAAGCCGUGCCUCUGGGUCCUGGGAAAGCUCCAGAAUACAUCACCUCCCAGUAUGACUCAGACGCCAUGAGCAGCUCGUACGAGUCAUAUGACGAGGAAGAGGAGGAUGGGAAGGGACAGAAGAUGCGCCAUCAGUGGCCCUCGGAGGAGGCGUCUAUGGACUUAGUGAAGGACGCACGCAUCUGCGCUUUCCUUCUGCGCAAGAAACGCUUUGGACAGUGGACCAAACUGCUCUGCGUCAUCAAAGACAAUAAACUCCUCUGCUAUAAGUCAUCUAAAGACCAGACUCCUCAGAUGGAGCUCCUCCUGUCCGGCUGCAGCGUCACUCACAUCCCCAAAGACAGCAAGAAGAAGAAGCACGAGCUGAAGAUCGUCCACCAGGGGGCAGACGCUCUGGUGCUCGCUGUACACAGCAAAGAGCAGGCUGAAGAGUGGCUCAAGGUGAUGAGAGAGGUGUGUGCUAACGGGACCGGAGCAGUGGACUCUGACGGAGCCGUGUCCGGAUCUUCCGUUAACAAAGCCGAGCUGGAAAAGAAGUUGUCCUGUGACAGACCGAGUUCUGAUGGAGAGCCCAGUCAUGAAAAUGGUGUCUCAGAUGGAAAAGAUCCAGUUAAAGGGAAGAAGAACUCGAAGACUGAACAGAAAGGCACAGUGGGGAAGGUGGCAGGGAAGAAAAUCACUAAGAUCAUCAGCCUGGGGAAGAAGAAGCCGUCCACGGAUGAACAGACGUCAUCAGCGGAGGAGGACGUCCCGACCAGCGGCUAUCUGAACGUGCUUUCCAACAACCGCUGGAGAGAGAGGUGGUGUCGGCUGAAGGAUAACCAGCUGUUGCUGCAUAAGGACCGGGAGGAUCUGAAGACGCACAUGGCCUCGCUGCCCCUGCGUGGAUGUGAGGUCAUCCCCGGGCUCGACUCCAAGCACCCGUUUGCUUUUAGGCUGCUGAGGAACGGACAGGAAGUGGCUGUGCUUGAGGCCUCGUCCUCUGAGAGUAUGGGUCGGUGGUUGGGGGUGUUACUGGCAGAGACAGGCUCUACGACAGACCCUGCCACUCUACACUAUGAUUACAUAGACGUGGAGACCACCGCAAACGUCAUUCAGCUGGCCAAGCAGUCCUUCUGCUUCACCAGUAAGCGAGCCAUUUCUCCAAACCCGUACCUGGAUAACCCGGUGAACGGUUACGCCCGGCCCUCAGGUGUGGCCCUGCACUAUGACGACGUUCCCUGCAUUAACGGAUCGGUAUGGUUUCACACUCAUAAGGACCCACAGCUCGGUUCUCUUGAGGCUCACUAUGAGAACGCUGAGCUUUAUGAGAACAUGCCUUCCCCCAAACUGGAGACUCGCUCCUCGUCCAAACUGAGCUGGCCACCAUCUUGCUCUGGCCAUUACAAAACGCCCGUCUCUUCUUCCUCAGCUUCCUCUUCCUCCGCUGCUAAUACUACCUCUCAGAUGAAGGGAAAGAAAGCCACGACUGUCAACGGUUUAGCUGCCAAACAGAAGCUGGACAAGAACCAACCCAAAAAGACCAACGGAACCAACGGGUCCGUGCCAGUGAAACGCAACAAUUCAAGUGUGGAUCAGUAUAAAUACGGGAAGAACAGAGUGGAAGCGGAUGCUAAGAGGCUCCAGGCGAAAGAAGAAGAGCUGAUGAAAAGAAAGCAGGAGAUUCGUAACCGUCUCACACAGCUGAAGAAAGACAGGAGAGACCUGCGCACGGCCAUCGAGAACAGCACCGGUAAGCGCUCUCAGGCCUCGCUGACGGAGCGGCUGAAGAAAGUGGAGGACGAGUGUAAGCUGAAAGAGGAGGAGCGAGUGAACUUGGAGCUGGAGCUGACGGAGGUGAAGGAGAGUCUGAAGAAGGCUCUGAGUGGAGGAGUCACUCUCGGACUGACCAUCGAACCCAAGACCAGCAGCUCCAGUCCACAGUCUCCGGUGCUGGUCAGGCGUACGGUGGAUAACUCGCCCAUCUCCAGCUGUGACACCAGCGACACCGAGACCUGCUCACUGCCAGUCAACAGCGCCUCCUUACUGCGACGCCAGGUACCGCAGAAAAACCCUCCAGUACGGGGCCAUGUGCUCAGGAAGGCCAAGGAAUGGGAGAUGAAAUCUGGCACGUAAACACUCACUUUCAGCUUCUUUAUUAUUGUUAUUAUUAUUAUUUUUGUUUUCCUGUUUGUAUUUAUUUAAAUUUGCAUAUAGAAGUGAUUGAAAGCAAAUCGACUGAAGCAGGGACACAUCAUGACGCAGAAAUCAUCCGAGUGUGAGAACGGGACAGGGCACAGGAGCUCGCCGUCCUGCAGUGAGUGUAGAUUACACACUACAUCUGGCGUAAACGAUUUUGUUUUAUUUUUUCUUUCUGGUCCAUCAGCGUGGCCAUUUUAGCUGUCGAUCGUUCUCGGGUCUGCUAGAAACCACCAUCCGACAUUUUAAAGAAAAAAGGAGAAAAAAAAAACACUUUGAAAGUAUUUAUUUGUAAAUGUUUAAAUGCAAGCCUUUCUCUAUGUGUUUGUGUUUAUAUUUAAAGCUUUAUACAGCAUUUUAUUUGGCCUCAUGCCAGGUCUUGAUUUUCGUUUUAAUUUUUUUUUUUGCUUUGCUAUUUGAGGUUUUUUUUUUUUUUUUAAAUAUAAAAUGAAACCAUGUACAAUUGCCAAGGAAAAUCUGAGCUAUCUGAUCAUUAGUAUAUUGUUUAAUUUAACCACGUAUGAUAGGAAAGUGGAAGAGGACAGUGGAGGCGAGGCAGGGCGAGGCACCUUCAGUUAAACAACUUACUUUGAAGAAUUCUAAAAAACUUCUACAUUUAAAGGAGCAGUUUGUAAUCUUUAGAGCCCCUUUAGCAUCUGCAGACAUUAAAACUGCUGGUAAUACUUCAGUAAAGAGGGUCACAUGUAAGGAAUAAAACACUCCAUGUUGUGCUUUUGUAGGAAAAUCAUCAGUGACGGGAUGGAGUGAUGAAGCACAGUUACUGUUCCUACCCCAACCUUGAUUAGUUUCCUAUAACAGCACGUCCUGAAGUGUUUUAUUCCUCUUACACCACAGCAGUGGCAGUGCUAACAUCGUUUGUUUAGAAGAACGACAUGUCAAACAUUUUUAUUCGUUUAUAGUUACAUUUACUGCUGUGGAAACAAGUUCGUUCCUGUUCUCACUUACUUUACAGCAGCUAUAAACAGUCGUUCUCUCACCAGCCUCUCUUUUUCUUUAAAUAAAGCUUGUCAUGUUACUGAGAAACCAUGAAGCGUAAACUCCUCUGUCCUGAAGAUGUCGGAAAACUUAAAGUUACAGCUUUAUCUCUGACUGUUACAAGGUGCUGACACUGGAGACUCCUUCCAUAGACGUUAAAUAAACAUCUCCUUACAGAAAACUUCACCAUAUCAAUGAUUAUAAUUUUCCUUUGUUAAAUCUGUUUUUUUAAUUAUUAGGCUUAGAUUAUAUGGAGCUUCCGCCAUACAAGUUCCUGUGUAAGUUGUUACUAUGGAAACGAUAAUGUACUAGAACGAGCGCAUUAAUAUAAACCACCAGAGCUGCUGUUAUGGAAAAUGAAUCAACACCUUCUGACCAAUCAGAAUCCAGAAUUCAACAGCACUGUGGUUUAAUGUCUAAUGUGUGACCUUCUAUAGUGAAGUGUUAAACAUACACAUACACAAGUGGGGGCGGAGCUAAUUUCUGGUCCGCAUGAAAUGGAAAAAAAUAAAACUUCAAUCACGUGGUAAUAUUACAAUUUCUUGACCUAUUUUUAUUUUUUUUUUAAAGUAUAUAAUUAUACCACAUUUAAAGACACUUUGAAAAAUGACAAACUGCACCUUUAAACUCUAUAAAAGCACAACAUGUGAUCCGUUGUUAUAAAAAUUUUCCUGUUUCGUCUCCAUGUUUGUUUUUCUCACGUUGUUGCCAUGGAGAGUAGCGUUAAGAUGGCUGUCCUCUGUCCUGCCCGUAUUGCUGUAUGCUCUUAAAGCAGGAUGUACAGUAUUUUGCCGUAUGAUGGUAUCAGAACUGUAUUAGUUUUGGGUUCACUGGUGCUUUAGAGUCCUCGCUUUUGCUCUUAAAUCCGGUGAGAUUAACAGAGCAACACUUGGUGCUUCAUAUAGAAAUAAGCGAUUUUUAGAGACUACUGCCAGCGUAUUCACAUUCGAGGCACAUUUAUUAUUAUUUUCCAUACACAGCUGGUUUCUUGCGCUUUGCAUUUUUUAUUUAACAAACAUACAUUUUAAUCUGUCAAAGCAUAUGUAAAUAUACUCUUUUUUUAAUUGUUUUGUUUUUUUUUUAUUUUCACUGAUGUCAGUCCCAUGAGUCUGCAGUCCACUUGUGUGAGGGGAAAUCUAGGAAUCUGAGUAAUAUUCAAGAAAUGUUUCUUUCAGCCUUACAGACGAGUAAACGUGUUCUAUCUUUCCGAAAUGUCUUUGCUGUCCCUCGAUACGAGUCCAGCGUCUCUCUGUCUCUCCCUCGCACGCAUUAAGAGACCAACGAUGUCAUAAAUGUGAACUGUAAUAAGUAUUGUUUCAGUGGGAAGGGUCAGAGGUCAAGGUUCAGGAUUCAGGGGUGGGUGGGUUUAGGGUUUAAAAACACAACUUUAAAAAAGAGCGACUUUGUUUUUUGCACCUUAAAAACUUUUUCUACUCUGUUGUUACUUUGCUUACUGACUGUUGCUGACUCGGCAACAAAAACGUUGUACACAGAAAUAAAAACUGCAUUCAAACUUGA